ACGGGAAAAAGGCGCUGGGGUGCCCCGUUGGGGCUGCCUGGAGGGGUUUUGUGGGCGCCCAGCGGGGUCUGGAGUCAGAGCUUCGCUCAGAGCCUGAGGGGUUUCGCUGGCUGAGAGGAAGCGAAGUUUGUGGCUGGGGACUGGUGUGGAGAAGGGAAGCCUUGUCCCUGUGUGCUGAGACCUCCUUGUGGCCAUGGGCGUGAUUCGAGGACUUCUCUGCAGGUGGAGAGACCUGGAUUAAAAAUGGAUCCCACAGCAGAACUGGGCAGGGCUGGCAGCAUGAGGAUGGAAGUUAGGAGGGAAAGCUCAGUCUGUGACGUGGUGGCCCGACUGCAGGGAAGCAGACUUGGGUGCUUGUUCCUGCUCGCAAGGUUGCAACAUAACUUCAAUAAUCAUUCAGUUUAAUCCUCAGUAGCGCAGCCCCAGGGAGGGUUAAAAGUGAAGUCAAGGAAACCGUAGACUGUCAUAUCUUGGUAAACAAGGGGAUGUGAGUUUGAAUCCUCUUGGAUUUGGGUUUUGGGCUUCUAGGGAGUGUGCUGUAGGCAUUGGGCAGGAGAAAGUUCAUGCCUCGCAUUGCUCUCCUCUUCAAGAAUGAGCCACUCCUGCAAAACUAAAUACCCUUGUUCAGGGACAGGUUUUAUACUCAUAAACUAAACUUUGGAUUUUUCUAACCGUACCUCCGAAACAAUUUCCAUCGCAGCCUUUCUCUCCCUCUUUCCUAUCCCUGUGCUGUUCAGCAGCCUUUCCGUGACAAAUCCCAUUCAGGCGGCGCAGUUUGACGUUGUGCCCCAUCCAGUGCAAUGGCAAGCUGCUACGGAACCUGCUCCUCACCUCCCACGUGUAGCGACUUGAGCAAUUUAGCUCCCGCUCUGCCCUUCCAGGCUUCUCAUAUCGCAUUGCCAGCUGCCCAGAGCCGUCCUCCUGAGUGCUCUGUUUGCGGCUGCCUGCAGGCGCUCCAUGAAACUCGUACCAACCCGGGAAAAGACUGGCUUUUGCAUGUGAUUGUUUGCACUGCCGGGCUGGGCUGUCUCAUGAGCGAAGCUUUCAUGGCUGAUAGACUUCCUGUUAUUCUGGCAAUUUAAUAUCUCUAUUAAGGAGGACUGACAUUGCUGCUGGCUGGUUUCAAAUUCUUAGCCAGAAGGAUUGAGGGAGCAGGUGGAAUACUUAUGUUAUGCUGAUUUCCAGUGCACAGUGACGUUUUAGCUGGAUGAUGAGUGAUUUUUCUCUUAACAGGGAGCUACAGCAAGCUUUUUUAUGCAUCUGUAUAAAAACAAACAGCAAAAACCCCACUAAGCUUCCACCCUAGUGGAAGGUAUCUGUGCCCGUGGCAGGGGGGUUGGAACUAGAUGAUCUUUAAGGUUUAUUUCACCCCAAACCAUUCUGUGAUUCUAUUAAAAACUUCAUUGCAAAGCUUGAGUUGUUUUUUGUGAUUGGGGUGAGACCUGAUUCUGACUGUAUUCAGUUUGUGGACUGUAGGCUAACUUUUCUUUAGUCACUUACAGUGUUAACUUAUCUGUAAAUUUCUCCAGAGUGUUUUCUUCUUUUCCACCUCUUUCCUUAGCUCGCUUAUUGCUUCUCUUGCUGCAGGACUCCUAAAGACCGUUCUUUUUCUACUGGCACCUGAUUUCUGCUGGUGAUUGGAUUCUGUGCCUGUUUUCAGGCACGUGUGUCUUCCAGCGAGGACUGGAUUAACUGACGCAACCUUUCUUUAGUAGCCUUCAGAUUACAUCAAUUGUUAGGUUAAAACCAACUGGCGUCAUCUCGAUACUGGUGAGCAAGGCUUCCUGUUGCCUUGUGUCUGGACUUCCAGCUCACCCAAGCUGCCAGCGCUGGUGUGUUGGAGCAGUGAAGAAAUAGUCAGGAAGCCAAAUCCGCUUACAGUUAAGAGCCAGUAGGUUGCUUGAAACUGAAUUCCUUACGGCGUGAAGGUGAUGAAGGGAAUGAUUAGGCUGCUCCUAAACACUGGAUGCGCUGGAUCAAUGACCUGUCACUCCAGCAAGCAGAGCUGAGAAGACAUCGUCGCGAUGGCGAGCAGCAAUGUGGCACCUUCCCCAAAGUCUCUCGUCUAGGGAAGCAUGUGCUCACUCCACAGCAACAAAGCCAAAUCUGUGGCUUUUUAAAUCACAGACUGUAACGUGGUCCAGUUGUCUCAGUGCCUGCUGAAAAAGACCUUUCUAUACCCUUAAAAGGGACUGCAAGACUAGCCUCAGCAGGAUUUAAGAUCUUCCUGGACACUUAACCCUAUCCAAGCCCACCAAGAUGAUUGACCUAAGCUUCCUAACAGAGGAGGAGCAAGAGGCGAUAAUGAAGGUGCUGCAACGGGACGCAGAGCUAAAAAAAGCUGAAGAGGAGAGAGUCAGGCAUUUACCAGAGAAAGUCAAAGAUGAUGUUCAGCUAAAGAACAUGAGCGGACAGUGGUUUUAUGAAGCCAAGUCAAAGAGGCACAGAGAUAAGAUCCAUGGAGCAGAUAUUAUCAGAGCUUCCAUGCGAAGGAAGCCUUCCACUGUUGCUGAAGCGAGUCAGAGCAAAUCAAACAAAGCAAAGAACAGCUGGGUGAGCAAUGUUAAUAAAGAAGUCGUUGUGCCACCAGAACUCCAUGGCAUUGUGGAACAUCAGGAAGAAGAAGAAUUGAAGUCUAGUUCAAGUUCUAAAACAGUAACUUCUGGAUUAGACAAACCAGAGGGAAGAUCUACAAAGGCAACAGUCUCGCCAGUAAAGCAAAGGAGAAACCCAUUUAAUUCCACUGUAUCAGGUGAUAACUUGAGCAGUGGCGAAUCAGAAAACAGACCAGACAUUCUACCUCAGCUAUCAAAGAAGGAAAUUUUGUCACCCUCAAUAGAGAGCCAACCUAAAACAAACGUACUGAGUGAUGAAACUGAGACACCUAAGAAGCCUUCUGUAGAACCUACGGAUGAGUCACAGAAUGGACUGGUUAAGCGUCCUAUCCCAAAAGCUAGAAAAUUAGUUCACAAAAUAACAGAUCCUGUGCCACAAAGAGAAGACAUUGUUCCAAAACCAGCCAAACGGACCCAGGGAGUUAAUGGAACUGGUAUACCUCCUAGGGGCAUUCUCAAACGCAGUUCAAGUUCCAGUUCCACUGACUCAGAAGUUCGUGUUAAUCAGAUGUUAGAUGUUCAGAGUAAGAAUAGUAUUCCUACUAAAACUAUUUUUGAAGGAGAAGUUGAGAAGAACACUCUUACGGAGGAAGUGGAAGAGUCCACACAAAUUUCACUGGAAAAAUUAAAACAAGUGAGGUUUUCAUCUAGCAUAGGAAAAAGAGAAUCUCUGCAAAGCCCACAGAUACAUCACAGCAAAGAAACAGGAGAACUUGAUUUGUUAGAAUCUGGUGAAAUAAAGACUAGUGAAAAUGAUGCUGUUGGAACAGACUCACUUGGAAAUAAGCAAACUUCCACUGUAAAGCCUUUGGGAACCCAUUCGUCAUCUGUACAUGUGAAAACACACAGUUUACAGGAAGAUAAGUCUGCAUCCAGUCCUUGUGACACUAAUGGGUCAGUCUUCCUGGUUAAUAAAACGUUCCAAACAAAGAUCGUUACUCCUAAGAAACUUGAAACUCCACAGAAGACCUCCACUAAUAUCCUAUCAAAUAGCAAUAAAGAAUUGAGUGUUGAUGAGACAUGUGAAAAUAAAUCCAACCAGUCCAUGAGCCGUGAAUCAAAGUCGCUCAAAAACUCUACUGAUGAACAUUUGCUUUCUGCUGAGACAAAAGCACAUGAGGUAUCAAACACCAAUUCUGCAGCUCUUCAACAAGGUAAGCCCAAUCUUGUUGAGGAACGAGAUGCUAAACACACUUUCGAGCCUGACAGACAUGCUGAUGAAUUUGUGAAAGUGGCCGAUGAAUCUGUAUCAAAAGUCUUAGACUGGUUUAAAAGAAGUUCUGGUACUGAAGAUAGGAAACCUGUAUCAGCUAGAUCCCAAGGCAGGGAACUCAAAGAAGUUGGCUUUUCAACUGGAACAACAGUUCUUCCUACAGAAUACAGUGGAACUAGCAUGGAUGGAAAACCAGAAGUUAUAGAAGAGUUACCAUCUGGAAGGGAUAAACAACUGAAUGCUAUUUCACCCACAACAAUUAUUUCAGAAGAUAAACAGAUGAUAAAAGAGAGGAGGAGACCUAAGCAGGGGGAAGAGAAUGAGGAGCAAAAUGACAAAUCACUAACCGAGCCUGACUGUACAAGAAUCGAAGAUAAAGAAUUGGGUCAAGAAAUCAAGCAACAAAAUCAAAAAUCACGUGUCUUGGAACACCAUGAACACAAGCUACCAGCUCAGAAAUAUGAAUUGGAGAAGGCGAUAAGAGAAAAAAGAAGAAUAAGGGAGAUUAGAGCAUUUUGGGAAAGGGAUAAAACUAUCCCCAGUCACAGAGAGAAAGAAGUUGGUAUCAAUACUAAUGCGUCAGGUGGUGGUGCCUUGAAAGGUCUCAGAGAAAGUGACAAAAUAAAGCCAACUGCAGAACACCUACCUUAUGGACUGGAUGAUCAGAGCAAGAAUACAUUAAGAAGUGCUGAACUGAGAUAUGCAAUUGUGGCUUCAAAAAAUGAAUGUCAAAACUCUUUUGAGUUUGGACAAGGCCGUGAAGUUAGAAAACCAGAAAGAACACUUCCAGCUGACGGUGAAAUUCAUGAACACACAAAAUUGGCAAAAGCCAGUAACAUAAAGCCUAGAGUUUCUGCCACUUCAGCUUCCCCAGAAAUUAAAAAUAAAGAUGGGAAAGAAACAUUUAAAGGAAAAGUUGGUGCUUGUUCCCAACAGAAGCCCAGCUUCCAGGUUUUUUCUUUAAAAGAAAUGAGUGAGAAGUCCAAAAAUCAAAUUUCAAAUUCUUCACAGUUUCAGAGUUUGAGAAACUUCUGGGAUGCUGGAGUUAAAUUACAGAGUAGCAUUGACAGGAGAGAUGUUUCUUUGCCAAAUAAUACUGUUAAUAAUAAUACUUCAAUAAUCCACCAAAAAAAAUCAAAGGAAGAUAAGGGCAGAGAUAAUGUGAGCAAGCAAGUGUUAAUCCAACAUCAAACACAAGCCUCUGAGAGAGAAAAAACAGAGAAAUUAGAUUCUGUGAUAUGUGAACUGCCUCUAGGAUCUCUUACCUUAAAAGGUAUGAAGGUAACACACACACAAAACACAGACUCUGUCCAGCCAGUCAAAAAGCCAGUUAUCUCUCAACCCCAGGAACAGAUGGGUCUUCACAAGCACGAAGUUAAAGGACAUAUAGAAAAAAGUAUUGCUUCAUCAAAAGAACAUCCUCUCAGAGGAUCUCAGAAGAUGCAAGCUGGUUUGCAGAACCUGCUCAGAGAAACCUCUGUAUGUCAACCUUCUGAAUUAAGGGUAGGAAUGAAAGCAUCUGAAACAGUGAAUAAUAUAUCACAAACUAAUUGUAGUGGAGAAUCAAUAUGCCAACAAGAUACCAGUCAGUCUGAAGAGGUCAAUGAGACCGCAGAGAGGUCUGUUGCCCCAUCCAAGGUCAGUGCCUUGAGUUCAGCUUUAGAGAAACUGAUGAAGGAGGCCUCUGAAACACCACCUCCUAAACCAAGGCGUGUGGACAGGACGUUACAGAAGACUGCUGAGAUACAAGUUAAAAGCACGACCUAUCAGCAUGAUGGAGAGUCACUGCAGGAAAUCAGUGAGUCCAUAGAGAAGUCUGUAGCCCCACCCAAGGUCAGUGGUUUGAGUUCAGCUUUAGAGAAGCUGCAGAAGGAGGCCUCUGAAACACCACCUCCUAAACCAAAACGUGUGGACAGCACAGUACAGAGGACUGCUGAGAUGCAAGUUAAAAGCACGACCUAUCAGCAUGAUGGAGAGUCACUGCAGGAAAUCAGUGAGUCCAUAGAGAAGUCUGUAGCCCCACCCAAGGUCAGUGGUUUGAGCUCAGCUUUAGAGAAGCUGCAGAAGGAGGCCUCUGAAACACCACCUCCUAAACCAAAACGUGUGGACAACACAGUACAGAGGACUGCUGAGACGCAAGUUGAAAGAACUACCUAUCAGCAUGAUGGAGAGUCACUGCAGGAAAUCAGUGAGUCCAUAGAGAAGUCUGUAGCCCCAUCCAAAGUCAGUGGUUUGAGUUCAGCUUUAGAGAAGCUGCUGAAAGAGGCCUCUGAAACACCACCUCCUAAACCAAAACGUGUGGACAGCACAGUACAGAGGACUGCUGAGAUGCAAGUUAAAAGCACGACCUAUCAGCAUGAUGGAGAGUCACUGCAGGAAAUCAGUGAGUCCAUAGAGAAGUCUGUAGCCCCACCCAAGGUCAGUGGUUUGAGCUCAGCUUUAGAGAAGCUGCUGAAGGAGGCCUCUGAAACACCACCUCCUAAACCAAAACGUGUGGACAACACAGUACAGAGGACUGCUGAGAUGCAAGUUGAAAGAACUACCUAUCAGCAUGAUGGAGAGUCACUGCAGGAAAUCAGUGAGUCCAUAGAGAAGUCUGUAGCCCCACCCAAGGUCAGUGGUUUGAGCUCAGCUUUAGAGAAGCUGCAGAAGGAGGCCUCUGAAACACCACCUCCUAAACCGAAACGUGUGGACAACACAUUAUAUGGGACUGCAGAGAUGCAAGUUAAAAACAUGACCUAUCAGCAUGAUGGAGAGUCACUGCAGGAAAUCAGUGAGUCCAUAGAGAAGUCUGUAGCCCCAUCCAAAGUCAGUGGUUUGAGUUCAGCUUUAGAGAAGCUGCUGAAGGAGGCCUCUGAAACACCACCUCCUAAACCAAGGCGUGUGGACAACACAGUACAGAGGACUGCUGAGACGCAAGUUGAAAGAACUACCUAUCAGCAUGAUGGAGAGUCACUGCAGGAAGUCAGUGAGUCCAUAGAGAAGUCUGUAGCCCCAUCCAAGGUCAGUGGCUUGAGUUCAGCUUUAGAGAAGCUGCAGAAGGAGGCCUCUGAAACACCACCUCCUAAACCGAAACGUGUGGACAACACAUUAUAUGGGACUGCAGAGAUGCAAGUUAAAAACAUGACCUAUCAGCAUGAUGGAGAGUCACUGCAGGAAAUCAGUGAGUCCAUAGAGAAGUCUGUAGCCCCAUCCAAAGUCAGUGGUUUGAGUUCAGCUUUAGAGAAGCUGCAGAAGGAGGCCUCUGAAACACCACCUCCUAAACCAAGGCGUGUGGACAACACAGUACAGAGGACUGCUGAGACGCAAGUUGAAAGCACGACCUAUCAGCAUGAUGGAGAGUCACUGCAGGAAGUCAGUGAGUCCAUAGAGAAGUCUGUAGCCCCAUCCAAGGUCAGUGGCUUGAGUUCAGCUUUAGAGAAGCUGCAGAAGGAGGCCUCUGAAACACCACCUCCUAAACCGAAACGUGUGGACAACACAUUAUAUGGGACUGCAGAGAUGCAAGUUAAAAACAUGACCUAUCAGCAUGAUGGAGAGUCACUGCAGGAAAUCAGUGAGUCCAUAGAGAAGUCUGUAGCCCCAUCCAAAGUCAGUGGUUUGAGUUCAGCUUUAGAGAAGCUGCAGAAGGAGGCCUCUGAAACACCACCUCCUAAACCAAGGCGUGUGGACAACACAGUACAGAGGACUGCUGAGACGCAAGUUGAAAGAACUACCUAUCAGCAUGAUGGAGAGUCACUGCAGGAAAUCAGUGAGUCCAUAGAGAAGUCUGUAGCCCCAUCCAAGGUCAGUGGCUUGAGUUCAGCUUUAGAGAAGCUGCUGAAGGAGGCUUCUGAAACCCCACCACCUAAACCAAAACGUGUGGACAGGACGUUACAGAGGACAGCUGAGGUGCAAGUUAGAAGUGUGACCUACCAACUCAAUGGAGUGUCACUGCAGGAGAAGACCGGUGAGACCACAGAAGCAUCUGCACUGUCCAAGGCUGAAUAUAAACUACUUGAUGUUAACUUGCAAAAAUUACUGAAAGAGGUCUCUGAAACACCAGCUCAUAUGCUGGAGAACAUGGAUGAAAAGAUGCAAGGUAAAACGUCAGCCAGUCAAAGUAUGUGUCGUCCUCCUCGAGAAGAGAGAGAUCACCCUCAAGAAAUAGAAGAAACAAUAGAAAAAUCUUCUGUUUCAAAUAUUGCAAAAUUCAGAGAUUUCAGUAGCUCGUUAGAAAAACUCCUUCAAGAAGCAUCUGAAGCUUCAUCUCCGGUAUCGCGAGAGGUACAUAAACAAGAGAAGUCUAGGGAUCGUAUGUUUCCAUUACAAAAAGAGUCUCUGUUCACGACAAUGUCACAGCCUUAUCAUAAUGCUUUAACUACUUAUCAUACACAGAUGAAGACAACUAUCAAGAGUGGAGCUCCUGAACAGAAUAUUGAGGCUUCAAUAGAUAUUGAAGCUUCUGACCUACUUAAAAGAAAUGGGGCUUUUAAUCAAAAAGAACAGAGAAACGUGCCUCCAAUAGAUCUCCUUCCCCUGGAGGGAGAGACUAAUACAGCUGUGAGCAAGCCAUUCAAGGUAAAUGACAUAAGAAGGACAGAUGAAAGCACAUCCUCGGAUGCCUCUGAAAAUAAUUUAGAAUUAAAAGAACUGUUGCAGUUGAGAAGAACAAGCGCACCUCUUAAAGAUGAGAGCAAUUCCCCCCAGCCAGGAGGAGCUCGACUCUGCCUGGCCUUUCAGCAUGAGGAUAAUGAUGAAGAUGAUGGUGACAGCUCAAAUUUGGGAUCCAGGUUUUCAGAUGAAAACUCUGAUUCCUGUUCUGGAACCGGUAGUUCAACUCGUUCAGAAGAAUUAAAUCCUGUUUUGAUGGCUUUGAAAAGGAGUGCAGAUAGGAAAAUGCCUUCCAAAAGUCUAGAGGACAUUCCAUCAGCCACCUCAAAUAAAGGAAAAAUAAAUAUUCCAAAGGAAGAAUUAGCUCUUAGUGCUGAAGAUGCAGGUCUGAAAACUGAUCAGGAUCAAGAGAGGAAUGAAAAUGCAGCAGGAAUCUCCACAGUGCCUCCGCAGCCUGAUAAGCUGUUUUCCAAUCCUGAAAAACUCAAAGGACUGAGCAAGUCAGUACCAUCGUUCCUGCAGGAAGAGAGUGAUGACAGAGAGACAGAUACAGCAUCAGAAAGCAGUUAUUCCCUUGGCAGAAUCAAGAAGAGUCCCAGCUCUCUAACCAAUCUUAGCGGUUCUUCUGGCAUGGCCUCCUUAUCCUCUGUGAGCGGAAGCUUAAUGAGUGUCUAUAGUGGAGACUUUGGCAAUGUUGACGUGAAGGGGAACAUUCAGUUUGCUAUUGAUUACGUAGAACAGCUGAACGAGCUCCACAUCUUUAUUUGCCAGUGUAAAGACUUGGCAGUGGCAGAUGUCAAGAGGCAACGUUCAGACCCGUAUGUGAAGACCUACCUGCUUCCAGAGAAAUACAAGCUGGGCAAACGGAAGACCUCUGUGAAAAAGAAAACUUUUAAUCCGGUCUAUAAUGAAAUACUGCGGUAUAAAAUUGAGAAGGAUCUACUGAAGAACCAAAGCCUUAAUAUCUCUGUCUGGCACAACGAUACCUUUGGGAGGAAUAGCUUCCUUGGUGAAGUAGAGCUGGAUUUAGGAACUUGGGACUGGAAUGAUAAAUCCAACAAGCAGAUCAACUGGUUUCCACUCAAGCCAAGGACUUCAACAAUGGCUCUGGAACUAGAAAACAGAGGGGAGAUGAAACUAGCCCUCAAGUAUGUUCCACAACCUGCUGGAGGAAAGAAGACUCUGUCCACUGGUGAGGUCCACAUCUGGGUGAAGGAAUGCCAUGACCUUCCUCUUCUGAGGGGCAACAGGCUCAACUCUUUUAUCAAGUGUACCAUUCUUCCAGAUACUAGCAGAAAAAGUCGCCAGAAAACAAGAACAGUGGCAAAAACUACAAACCCAGUAUUCAACCAUACCAUGGUCUAUGAUGGCUUUAGACCAGAAGAUUUGAAAGAAGCCUGCAUAGAACUCACAGUCUGGGAUCACAACAAACUAGCCAACCACUUUCUGGGAGGUCUCAGGAUAGGCCUUGGAACAGGCAGAAGCUAUGGAACUACAGUAGACUGGAUGGAUUCCACUUCAGAUGAAAGUGCCCUGUGGGAGAAGAUGAUGAACUUGCCAAACACAUGGGUAGAAGAUACGCUACCUCUGAGGAUGCUAAUGGUUGCAAAACUGACAAAAUAAGGUGGCUUUUGAAUUGCUAGUGUCAAAAAGACGACUUGGGAAUGAAAUUAAAAGGUGUGGGGGUGAAACUUGGAAGAGACACACAGCAGCUCUUUGAUAGUCUCUGUUCUGUUGCUAUUCUGUUCUUGUGCUGUCAAAUGUCACUGCAUAUUCCAAACUAAAAUUCUGCCCUCAGAUGAUUAUGUAAAUUUAAGGGCUUCUUUUAUUUCUUAUUCACUGAAAAUGUAUUCAAGUAAGAACAUACUUAGAGAAUUCAGAGGUAGAGGUAGCUGUGAUACUUGAAUUCUUGUGUUGUCAAACUGAAGUGUUGCUGAUUCCUUAAAGCUAAAUUGCCAGGGAAAAAAAAAAGAAAGGAAAAGCAAGUAAAUUCUUUCUGUAUACUUGGAUUGUUUGUGAGAUGAUGUUAUUAGUUACAUAGCAACAGGUUGCAUUUUGUUCAUGCUCAUUAGCACGUUUCUCUGGCUGAAUCCUCAUCACGCUAUAUUGGAUCUCUCCAGCUAGGAAUAUGAGUGUGCAGAUUUUUUUAAAGUCCCUUUGUCUGUAGUUACACAUUUCUAUGAUCUGAAAGUUGCUUCUGUAAUGAAAGAAGCACUACACGAAAUGGUACUGUUGAUGCCUUACUCUGCAAGGCAUAGAGGACUGUUAAUUCCAAUGUACUAUGAAAAGUUGGGGUUAUAAAGUUUGCUUCUAUAUUUGUUAAUUACCUUGCUAGUAUAUUGACGUUCCUUUUAAAUGCUGAAGUCACAGAGGUCAAACGUUUUCAUUCAAAUGCUAUUCCAAAGGAUCUAAACUUGCCAGUUUUACUAAUGACGAAUGUUGGGUAUUUAUUUUUGUAAAGUGUACUCAUUUUCUGUACCUAUACCUAUUAUUAGCUUGUAUUUUUGCAAAAGGUAAUUUAUCUGUUCUUCAGCGCCACCGUUAGGAGAACGCCGGGAUUAUGGUGGUCUGGGUUUAGAUAGCUUUGCAGCAUGUGAAAUGGAAUUUGUCGCGUGUGGAAACGCGUACCACUGAAGGAAGAUAAAUGCAUAAAUUACAAAAUGUAUUACUUUUUUUUUUUUAAAUAAAAGCAGCCUUAUUAAAGC